GGGGUUGGACUAGAUGACCUUCUGGGGUCCCUUCCAACCCUUAUAUUCUAUGAUUCUAUGAUUCUAUGGGCUUUCCGGAUACUGUCCUCUGCUGGAUUUCUUCCUACCUCUGGACUUCUUCAGCAUCUCCUUCCGUGGAGCCACUUCCUCCCCACUCCCCCUCUUUGUUGAGAUUUCCUAGGGCUGUGUCCUUGGCCUUUUACUGUUUUCACUUUACACUUCAUCUCUUGGUGAUCUCAUCAGCUCAAAUGGCUUCAGCUGUGAUUUCCGUGCUGAUGACUCACAAAGCUAUCUCUCCGCCACCAGGUAGUUUUCUUCCAUCCUGUCCCACCUCCCUUUCUGUCUCUCUGAUAUCUCCUCUUGAAUAUCUUGUCAUCUUAAAUUGAACAUGGCCGAAACUGAACUCUUUCUCUUACCAAACCUCCUCCCCUGCCCUAUACAUCUAAUCCAUUCCAGUCCAUCUGCUUCUUCCUCAACACAUCCAAGAUCUUCUCUCCACCACCACAGCCUUAACUCUUGUUCAGAACUUCAGCAUUGUUCCACCUUGAUUACUGCAACAUUCUCCUCUCUGCAUUCCCAAAUAAUACAUCGUUCCCAGUCAGUCCAUACAAUUGCUGCCACUUCCUUGGCUGCUGUUUUGAUCAUGUAAGUCCCUUUUUUUAAUCUCUCCAUUUGCUUCCCAUCUGAUAUCAAGGUAAACUUCUUGUUACUAUUGCCAAAGCUCUACAUAACUGUCCAUUCCUGAUUUACUCUCUUUGUCAAGCUGUGUGUUGUCACCUUGUCCUCUCUGCUCUUCCGACGUUCCCAGCCUAGUGUGCCCAUUUGUCAUAUUUUUGCACAGUCUCCUCCAUGGCUUCUUGCAUGCAGUCCCCUAUGUAUGGUGUGACUUCCCUGAUCUCAUCCACCAGGCCCCUACUUGUUAGUCUGUUUUAAAGACCCAUUUCUAACCUGCUGCCUAUAGUGAAUUAUAUUGAUUAUGGUAUUACUUGUAUAUAAGCUGACUGUUUUUGUUCCUUUUGCCCUGACUACCUCAGAUCGGGGACUGUCCUUAAGUAUUUGCUAAAAUGCCUAACACAUAAUAGUGCUACCGCAAAUAGAUCAUUUGCCUAUAAAAUUAUAUCUAUGCUACAGAAUUCUAUAUUAUGUUCUUUAGGAUGCUUAAAACUUACAGAAAAGUUGCCAGUUUUUAUUAAAUACUGUAGGAUUUUCCCAGUAAGUUAAAUUUAUUGUGAUUUAUUAGAGAUGUGAGAAAAUAUUAAAUGAGCCAAGUGAAACCCUGUGUUGUUAGGAAUGUUGCUGAAGAAUAUUAUCCAGGCUGCUAAGCUGUUACAACUGCUCAGUACUUCUAUUCUUGGAGCUCCUGUGUUAUUAGCACUAGCAGAGAAUGCAGCCCACUAAUUCAGCAGACCUUGAUGUUACUCAUAAAAAAAGACCACAGGUACAGUUCAGUUCAAGGCACUCAGCCAGGUUUAUUGCCCUCAAGGCACAGUACUAGCACCCUGGCUCCGUGAUUACAGGUAUGCUAACAUAUGAGUGCCCAGUGGCAAGGAGUGACUCAGUCAGCAGCAGACUUUCUGCUUUCUCCUAGGCCACACAAAGGGUUAAGGUGAGGUACCCCAACAUCUAUAGACUGAAACAAAAAAUUAACACGUUAUGUUUUUCAUGACAUCUACUUGUUACCUCCCCUUCUACCUUGCUCCAGAUGUCUCAGGCAAAACAUCCCUAUGCAUCACUUCUGACAUACCCUCUUAUCUGGUGUUAGGUCAGGAUGAAUCUGGGCUAAUCUUCUGGAAUAUGUUCACACACAUACUGUGUAUCUGUUGUUUCUUAGCAGUGUCUCUGUUUUAGCCAUGCUAGCAGUGCCCUUGCGAAGUUCAUGUGUCAGACAGUGAACUUGUAAGCAUCUGCUUUAAUAGAUGGCCUGAUGUUGGUUAUUGGCAUGGCCUGACUUUGCUGACUAUGGUUUAGGCCUUAGGUCUUCCUCCAGGCCCAGUGUUCCAGGCUCUCUCUCUCUCUCCUACACUCUACUGUAAUGCAACUGAAAUUAGUGAGUGUUACAAAGGAGCAAAAUAUUCUGAAGACCUGUACAUAAAAUUAACACACAACUAAAAUGGCUCAUGUUUUCAUUUUGCUAAUCCAGGGAUGGAACGUGUGCAAAGCGCUUCAGUUCCUUUAAUACUGUCUUUCCUCUCAUACUGUCAUACCUUGGUAACAUCUUUGACUCUCUUCUUCCUCUCCAUAAUCUCUAUACUUACAUACCCCAGUAUAUAGUCUUUCAGACAGAGAUAUAGCAGGACAGAAUAGACGUAAUUAUUCAAACAUAUAUUGUAAAUCAGUGGUUCUCAAACUUUUUACUGGUGACCCCUUUCACAUAGCAAGCCUCUGAGUGCGACCCCCUUCCCCUUUAUAAAUUAAAAGCACUUUUUUAUAUAUUUAACACUAUUAUAAAAGCGAGGUUUGGGGUGGAGGCUGACAGCUCGCGACCCCUGAAGGGUCCCGACCCCCACUUUGAGAACCCCUGUUGUAAAUAGAGCUGGUCAAAUAACAGAUUUUUUUGAGUGUCAGAGUGGUAGCCGUGUUAGUCUGUAUCAGCAAAAACAACGAGGAGUCCUUGUGGCACCUUAGAGACUAACAAAUUUAUUUGGGCAUACGCUUUCGUGGGCUAAAACCCACUUCAUCAGAUGCAUGAAGUGAAAAAUACAGAAAGCAGUAUAAAUAUUACAGCACAUGAAAAGAUGGGAGUUGGCUUACCAAGUGGGGGAUCAGUGCUAACGAGGCUAAUUCAAUUAAGGUGAAAGUGGCCUAUUCUCAACAGUUCACAAGAAGGGGUGAAUAUCAAAGAAGGAAAAUUACUUUUGUAGUGCUAAUAAGGCCAAUGCAAUCAAGGUGGACGUCACCAAUUUCCAACAGUUGACAAGAAGGUGUGAGUAUCAGCAGAGGGGAAAAUUACUUUUUGUAGUGACCCAUCCACUCCCAGUCUUUAUUCAGGCCUAAUCUGAUGGUGUCCAGUUUGCAAAUUAAUUCCAGUUCUGCAGAUUUUUUCGGUUUGCUGGAAGUUCCAAAAAAUCAGAAAAAAACCUUGUGUUGAACCAAAAGCGAAAAUUCCUAAUAGUUUUGGUGAAUUAAAAAAGUCAACACAUUUUACUUUUGGUCAAACAAAAUAUUUGUUUACCCAAAAUGAAAUUUUUCAUUUUGUGUCUGGGCAUUUUUAAAAUAAAAACAAAGGAAAUAAGGGGCUAGAUUCACAAAACUGCUAGAGGCAAAGGUGGAGUUGUGAGGAGGAGAAGGAAGCCGGGUGGGUGGUGAUCAUGGCUUCCUUAUAACCUUUAUCUCAGUGGUAGGGCACUUUCCUGCAUCAUGGGAGACCCAAGUUGAGAUCCCUGCUCCACAUCCGGCAGAAGGGGGAAUUGAACUGUGAUUUCCCACUUCCCAGGAACUAGCCAGCUGUGGAUGGAAUAAGAAAGAAAAACACAUCCUCGCCCCUAAUAUUGUUGCCUUUACAAGGAGGUUUAAUCAGGUCAGUUUCUGGGUUGUACAAGAAAUUUUAACAGCACAGACGUUAAAAAUAAGGGCAGAAAUAUUGAGCCAUUUUGUGAAAAUAGCUAAGAAACUUCUAGACCUGAACAACCUUCAUUCCAUCAUGGCUGUGGUAUCAGCAUUGCAAAGCGCACCUAUUUUCAGGCUGACGAAAACCUGGGCUCAGGAGUGCCAGAACCUCCCCUGCCAUGCCUCUUCCCCACGAAGGUCCAACCCCUCAGGUUGGCAGGGAUUCACCUACAGAGUCAGGACUGGAAGCUGCAACUGCCCAACACAGCUUCUAAAUCGCAAAGACAAGACCACCUUUGAGAAGUUAGACUACUUAAUGUCUAAGGAAGAUAACUAUAAGAGGACACGGGAGUACAUCAGAAGCUUAAAGAUGGUCCCUACUAUUCCCUAUUUAGGAAUAUAUCUCUUGGAUUUAAUCUACAUCGAUUCUGCAUAUCCUUCAUCUGGCAGCAUCAUGGAGAAUGAACAAAGAUCCAAUCAAAUGAACAAUAUCCUCCGAAUAAUAGCUGAUUUGCAAGUCUCCUGUAGCUAUGAUCAUCUCAUAAUUUUACCCCAUGUGCAAAAGUACUUAAAGUCUGUCCGCUACAUUGAGGAACUUCAAAAGUUUGUGGAAGAUGACAACUAUAAAUUAUCCUUAAGAAUUGAGCCAGGAAGCAGCUCUCCUCGACUGGUCUCCUCCAAGGAAGAUCUUGCAGGUCCAUCAGAGGUGUCAGCAACUGUGAGGUUCAGCAGGAGACCAACUUGUCCUGAUGCCUCAGUGGCAGCCAGCCUCCCAACCCCUCCUGUACCAAGACACAGGAAGAGUAACAGCCUGGGAAACAAUAUGAUGUGUCAGUUCAGUGUAGUUGAAAGUAAAAGUGCAACGUUUCCAACAGAGAAGCCACGCCACCUGCUGGAUGACAGUGUCCUAGAAUCCCACAGUCCUGUCAGAAACCACACUCUAAACUCAGUUUUCACCAAUGGAAUUUCCAUAGGAAGUAGUGAAAGUUCAGAAUUUAGUGAGGAGCUGUCUUCAGGGCUUGAAAGGGGUCGGCUGUAUGCCACGCUGGGGCCUAACUGGCGAGUACCAAUUCGGAAUUCUCCCAGAAGUCGAAGCUGUGUCUACAGCCCAACAGGGGCCUGCAACUGCACAUUAGGGAGUUCAACAGGAGUCAUUACCAUGGAAGGGCCUUUAAGAAGGAAGACAUUACUAAAGGAAGGCAGAAAACCUACACUCUCCUCAUGGACUAGAUAUUGGGUUACACUUUCAGGGUCAACUCUUCUCUACUUCGGAGCAAAAUCAUUAAGAGGCACAGAAAGAAAACACUAUAAAUCUACUGCUGGUAAAAAAGUCUCUAUUGUGGGCUGGAUGGUGGCACUGCCUGAUGAUCCUGAACAUCCUGAUAUUUUUCAGCUAAAUAACCCUGAUAAAGGCAAUAUUUACAAGUUUCAGACUGGGUCAAGGUUUCACGCAAUACUGUGGCACAAGCAUUUGGAUGAUGCAUGCAAAAGCAACAGGCCUCAGGUACCUGCUAACCUAAUGUCAUUCGAAUAACUUGCAUCAGUAUGUGGUGUGACUUCAAGUGCCAAACUGCAGGAUGGGAAUAUCUUUCCCUGAGGAGAAGGGGAGAAGGAGCUCCCUAAUGUGAGCCAGCUGCCCCAGACAAGAUUACUUCAGCACUUUUCUAUGUAACUUGAAAGUGAUUUUGACACAGCUUUUAAAAGCAGAAAGUGAAUGUUGUCCUUAGGACCAGAUAUAGUCUCAUGCACUGAACAUAAGUAGACAAUUUAGACAGACUGAAGAUGAGUCCUGACUGAUGCAGGAUCCUGGAAACCUUGACUUUAACUUUGUGGUCACAAACUGCCCUGGACUAAUGUUUGACCACAAACUGUGCAUCACAUCUUCUGCCUAUUCUUUUUUAAACUGUUCUUUUUAUUGUUAAGCUGCUUUAUGUGACUGAAGAACAUUUAGCCCAUGUUGGGUUUUCAGUUCUUUCUAAUGCACAAAAUGAUUGACAGUGUUAACUUGCUGCAAAGUGUCAAUUAGAAUAGAAAAUUGUGGAACAACAUUUUUAUAACCUAAGUGCACUGAGUUGCUUGGUAAUGUGGUUGCCUCAGAUUUUGUAUCAAAUCUCUGGACAGUUCUGCAGUUCGCAUUUGAGCUAUUUGGGAAAUGUGUAUUUUGGCACAAGAUAAAUAGUUUAAUUUAGUAUUUCUUUCAUUUGAAUGUGCUGCUUUUAAAUAUAAUAUAAAGGGACACCCAGAUGAGUGAAGGGUCCAUUGCUAUUUAAAUUCACUUUGUGUUACAGCUUUUCUUGGAUUUUCUUACUCCUAAGGAUAAAUUGGCCUUAUUUUUUUCCCCUUUACUAUGGGUGCUAUUCAUCUAAAAUCCCUAGCUCCAUAGAUGCAGGUAUUUGGAUCUUCCCAGCCACCUAGUGCUGACUCCUCAGAAUGGCUGAACUUUCCACUCACUGUUCCACUCUCAUGUGGGUGACCCAAUCCCAUUCAGCACCUGCAUGUGCACACACAUCACCUGGUAGGCAGAAUAAUGCCACUAGGACUGCUGUCAUGAAGGCCUCUGAUCCUCUGAAAUCAUGAUGGAGGUGAGAUCUAGGCAGGACUGAUUGGCAUGUAAGAGACCCUUCUAUGCCAGGAGAAACUACCUGGUUCUCUUUUCCCAAGUGUGCCUUAGCACUUCCUGCUGGUCUGAGCUUUCUGCUAUUCUCACCUUGAUUUCAGUAUUCUUCACAUUUUAGUCACAUCCCUUUGCUGGUCAGUGUUCAGGUUUCAUCCAUCAAGGAUGAAUCAUUGCAUAAAGCUCCCACCUCACUUUCAGCUAGGCUUUCUAAUGCCAUGACCAAUGCCCCUAAAACCCUCACUCUGCAGCUCCCCAAGAAUGGAGCAAAAUGGUGAGCUAGGUGGGAGAGUCCUGUGAUUCGACCACAUGCUUGCAGACCAUGAAAGACCAGAAAUAAUUUUGGAUGACUAGAGCCCUACAUCAAAACAAGUGCCCAGUCACUGGGCUGUUCUGCUGAUCUCACAUAAUCUUGAUUUUACAGCAGAUUUUUUUAAAUUUAUCUUACAAAAAUACCUUAUUUGUAAUGCUGAAUUUCUGUUGACUAUAUAAAAAUGUUUUUUAACUGUCUGUGUCACAAUCCUGAGAAUGAAACUUGGUAAGUGACAAGAAAAAUAGUUCCUACUGAUUCCUGUAGGGAGAGACAGGGCAAGUAUCAGAAUUCACACAGAUUUGACAUCAGACUUCUUUGAUGGUUCAAGAGAUCUUCAGUGGGAUAGAGGAGUGGCCAAAAAAUAUCUUUUUGCUUUUUUACCAAGCCAAAAAUUAGUUGUAGUAGUGAGCUGAUAACAGCAUCUGUAGUCCAAGAAUGGAAUUUUCAAUAGUUAGAUCUGACACAGAGGAUUUUUAAAGAUGAUGAUGCUGGUGAAAUUCUAUCAUCAGCAUGUCACUGUUGCCCAACUAUUUGAAAAUGAAAUCAUCUGAAUUAUUCUCCUAGACAGAGAGAUGCAUGGAUGGUUGUGGUGAGAGGUGAGUUAUAAAUUUAAACUAUUUCUGAGGGUGCAGGUAUUCUCUGGACUACCAUUCAAAUGAAUUCAUAGGUGCAUGUAUGUGUAGUGUGUGUGUCUGUACGCAUAUCUAAUCUUUUGCAGCAGCCAGAGGGUUGAACCAUCUGAAACGGCAUUAUUGUAAUAUUAUAUGUCUGACCUAAACCCUCAAAUGCUAAGAGUAAAGGCUGAAGAUCUAAGUUGCCACCCCCGUAUGCAGAAUUUAUAUAAAAUAGAGCUGCUGUUAAUCAGGAGCCCUGGAGCGCUGCCUGUAUCUAAAAUGUCCUUGGAUUUCUGUGUUUAAGCCAGAGCUAGCAUGUAAUGCCACUUACAAUGCUGUUGCUUUUUUUCAAUUAUAUUUAAAGACAACACUUCCUCGACAUACAUAACAUGUAUUCAAGCAUCCUGAAUUCCCACUUUGCCUAAUGGAUCAUAAAGAGUUUUGUAGCUUCCAGGGCUACUGCUAAGAAUGUAAAGUGGCCCACCUAGUACAAUAAAUUUGGAAGGUGAUAGAUCAAGAAACCAAACUGUUUUCUUAAAUAAGUAUGCAUUUUGCCAUCGUAGGCAUUGGCAGGCAAAGAUUUAUAAAGGGACUUGUGACAUAAUUUAAAAAAUGAGGAGGGACUAAUAAAUGCAUUGCCAACAAUUAACAGUGUACUUGUAUUUUCCAGAUUGCCAGCCAAAUGAGUGUUUAGGAGGAUGAGGACAGUAUAGGUACUGGUAAAUUGUGGCCUCAAGCAUCGAAGUUUAAAAUGCACAUUUGCCAGAGCAGAAUUUUUAACACAGCUAAUUUUAAUGGUUCUGCAAGAACUCUGAAACGUACUUACAUAGUGCUUUUAUUCACCAAUCAUGUCCAGGUGAAACCAUAACAACUACAUCUAUCUUGUUCUGAUCUAUUGGGAUGUGGGUGAUUCCCCUGUGCAGGGAUCCUGUUCCACAAAUCCUACUGAAAUCCUUGCAGCAAAAUGUUCUGCAAAUGCUUAGUUAUCCCAUUAAUAAGAGAACAAUUUGGUCAUUGUUAAAUAUAAAAUUUAAUUUAAAAUUGUAACAGUCACUGACCUGACAUCCAUAUUAGGAGGCUAAGGAAAUGUCUAAAGCUGUUUUUAGAUGUAAUGGGGGAGGGGAGAAACAGCUAAUUCUCAUUUCAUUUUUUUCCACCGUGCUUAUAAUUCAAAUUAAGUAAUGGAUGUUGUGGCUGCUGAGACUGUGGACCAAGUUUCACCUUGAAGUGACACUCACAGUUAACUGAUAGGCUAGUAAUGGCAAAAGCUGGAACCUGUUUAGAUCUUGAGGGCUUGUAGAAUUCAAAGCCUUGUGGAACAUUUUAGGUGUUAUUCUAUUCAGGGCAGGGAGUUUUUUCAUCCUUAGAAAACAAUCUUUCUCAAGAAAAGCCCUUUAGAAGCUGGCCAUGAAGGGGGGAUUUGAAAGUAGCCUUCAACUACCUGAAGGGGUGUUCCAAAGAGGAUGGAGCUAGGCUGUUCUCAGUAGUGGCAGAUGACAAAAAAAGGAGUAAUGAUCUCAAGUUGUGGUGGGGGAGGUCUAGGUUGAAUAUCAGGGAAAACUAUUUCACUAGGAGGGUGGUGAAGCACUGAAAUGGAUUACCUACGGAGGUGGUGGAAUCUCCAUCCUUAGAGGUUUUUAAGGCCCAGCUUGAGAAAGCCCUGGCUGGGAUGAUUUAGCUGGGGUUGGUCCUGCUUUGAGCAGGGGGUUGGACUAUGACCUCCUAAGGUUUCUUCCAACACUAAUCUUCUAUGAUUCUAUGGCAGAGAAGUUCCAAACAUCUCCAGGUCCCUUCACCUGUAUAGCAAACCCCUACAAAGAUAGGAGUUCAAACGUGAAACCAGGAUAUGCUCUGAACUAUUUGUGGCAUGAAUGAGAGAACACACACAAAAGUGACUCUGAUAUCCAGGAGUCUCUCAUAGUGCCAGGGAUGGAAUUUUUGUGUGUCUGUGGAGAGAACAAAACCCUCAAAAUAAUGCUACUCGAGACCUUCAGUAAUUUGCAUUUUUAAAGUUUUUAAAGAAUUGGUAAAAUGAAUGCUUGAGCUGAUCACCAGUUGCAGAGUAGAUAGUAUUACGUAAAACAGAGCUGAACAUGGCAAUUGUGUAGUUUUGCCUUGUGCAAUAUGUCUUGAAAUUCUUGUAGUAUAUCACAAUAAUUGUGGUAUUGCUUUGUAGCUUUUGAGAAGAUAAAAUGAAUGAGAAUGAUAGAACAGUAGAGGGAUGGUAUUAGCUUAAUCCAUUUUUAAAUACAUUUAUUGUUAAAUACAAAAAGUAUGAAUUCUAAUAAUUACUGAUUUUUUGGGGACUCAGUAUCUGACACCUUUAAUGUGAAUUAAAAGCUCCUGUUGAAAUAAUAGACAUUGAUUAAAAUAUCACCUCUAUGAAAGGAUAUCAUAAACCUUGUAAGUGUUAUCAGUCGCACAGUAAAACUUCAGCUGUUUUGUAAAAACAGGCCUUUUUAGUCUGUUUUUCAGGAUGACUAAUUUCAGACUUGUGAAGAUAUUAGAUAUAUUUCAGGCAAUAUUUAUUAUUAAUUUAUUAGUGUGUGUAAUUUUAAAGUAAUUCAGUGCCAAAAUGCAUGUUUGUCCCAUUAGCACUCAAUUAAGGCAUCAACAGAAGUUUUCAAUAUACAAUCCAUUUGUCACAUUACAAUAUAAACCAAUUUCUAUAUUUCUUUGUUUCUUGUGAACACUGUUGCACUAUUUUUGGCCAUAUUUUUCAGCAGCCCACUGCAUGCCAUUUGUGUACAGACUUUCUAUAACUUUUGUGAAUUGUCUCACCCAUAAUAACCACUGAACUUUUAACCCUUGUGUGGGAGUCUUUAGGUUUUUGGCAAAGUAUUUUGUUACCUCAGUCUUGUAUCAAGUUGCUGUAUUUCAGCUUGUUACAUUUUGUUUCACUAAUUAAAUACCUUAAUGUAAAAAAAUUGUUUAACAAACAAAUGCAUUUGGUUGUGAAUCUGUCAGAUUGUUAACAAUACCAUGUAUUGUCAAGAGUAGAUUUGAAGUAUACAAUGAACUAGAACUUCUCACGUCAAGCACAUCAAACUGUGCUUUGUCUGUGAUUAAACAAUAACAUAGUUGGACACUACACUUUAUAGUUGCAUAAACUACAGUCAUUUAUAAAGCAGAUGUGACAGGAUCAAAAUGUGUGGCAAAGAACAAGGAAAAUCCUUCCAAACUUCCAAUCUAUGUGAGGUUGUUCUCUCUUUUUUUGUACAAUCAGGGCUUUAUAUAAACAGAUCAAAUUCUGUAGUCCCUUGUUAAGAUCUGUCUGAGCGCAGAAG